CAUCAGGAGCUAGUAGCCCGGGCGACAUGCGCAGGAGGCAUCAGUCUCCGAGACCCAAAGGCCGUGAAACAUCACCAUCUAUGGCAGUUGCAGGGCUCAAAAUAACGCGCUUCCUGAACGUGGACUCUCCAUCCUUCAAACCUCUAUCCCCAGUCACAAACAGCGUGCAGCCUGUGAAGAAUCUCGGCAUCUCACCAAAAGCGGCUUCUGCAGCUGUGUUCACCCCAAAAUCAACCGUGCCUGUUGCAACAGCCAAGCAGCCAUCAACAGAAUGGUCUCAACGUGGUAUACAAGAGUUUGUCCCUCAGAACUUUGUGCCUCAAGCAGCCGAGAGUGGUUCCUCUGCCAACAAUCUUUCCUCAUUCGAUCCGUUCACUAUGCAAGGAAAUCCUGGUCAGAUGUCCGAUGCUUCUCACACUCCGCAGAUCAAUCCAUAUGCUCAGGAUGCUUCCACCCUGGCUGCGACUUCAUUGUUUUCAGCUGCUGCGGCUUUUGCUCAUCCACUGAGCUAUCAUCUAUAUGCACCCUUGGGCCCUCACCGAGAAAAUCUCAUGGCAUACCAGCGAACAACCCAUGACUUCUUUAUACCUGAUCACCUGCGCGAAGAGAUGCAACGUAAAUCCGAGGCAUCUCUCCAGACCUUUUCAAAUACAGCACUGCCUCAACAAAUAGAACACUUUCAUUCUCUGGUGGCUCUCGAUACAAAUGCUCAAAAGUCCGCAUCAGCGUACGGCUACCCAAGUUGGAUAUACAAGGCCACUUCGAGCAAAGACGGUUACAACUAUGCUCUGAGACGUCUCGAAGGUAAGACCCGCACCCAACACCUGGAGGAUUUUAAAACUCAUCAAACUUGCANNGGCUUCCGACUGACCGACGAGAACGCGAUCCGUGCCAUACAAACAUGGAAANGGAUCAGCAACGGCAAUGUUGUCACCGUCCAUGACGCUUUUACGACCAGAGCGUUUGGGGAUAGUUCUCUGAUAGUCGUUACCGACUACCAUCCUCUCUCGCAAACGCUAGCCGACAAGAUAUUUACUCCAAACACUAGAAACCCAGGAGGCACUCUUUCGCGAUCUCCGGGAAGCUACGUGACUGAUCAUGAACUCUGGGGUUAUAUAGUACAGUUGGCAUCUGCUCUCAAGGCUAUUCACUCGAUCGGCCUUGCUGCUCGCCUAAUGACCCCUCAGAAGAUUCUCAUUACUUCCAAGAGCCGGCUUCGACUGAAUUCUUGUGGCAUCCUUGAUAUCACUCAGUACGAACAGGGGCGCAGCAUUUCGGAGCUCCAACAGGACGACAUAUUGCAGAUGGGUCGUUUGAUACUCUGUAUAGCUAACAAGAACCCCACGGCCCACCAUAACACUCAAAAGUCUCUUGAGCACGUUGGUCGAGCAUACAGCGAAAAGAUGCGCGAGGUAGUCACUUGGCUACUCACCCCUGCUGCGCCAAUGACACCGACUCAAGCACCAACAAGCUCACCCGCUCCUGCAGCAGCCACUACAUCUUCAGAUCAUGACAUUGAGAGCUUCCUUUCGCUGAUCUCGUCGCAAAUAACAUUGACCUUUGACGCCAGCCUGCACGAGGCCGACUCGCUGACGAGCAACCUAUCUCGCGAGCUCGAGAAUGCACGCCUUGUACGCUUGCUCACCAAGCUCAACAUGGUUCUCGAGCGCCCCGAAACGACUCUGGCAUCUAAUGCUGCGAAUCCAAACCAGCCCGCUGCUCCACACUCUCUCAACCACACGUCAUCUGCUUGGUCCGAGACUGGAGAACGUUACUAUCUCAAACUGUUCCGUGACUAUGUGUUCCAUCAGGUCGACGCAGAUGGCCGACCUGUCCUUGACCUUGGACACAUUCUGACAUGUUUGAACAAAUUAGAUGCUGGCAUUGAGGAGAAGAUCAUGUUGGUCAGCAGAGACGAGCAGAACUGUUUCGUUGUCAGUUACAGAGAGGUGAAGAGAGGUUUUGAGAGCGCUUGGACAGAGUUGAUGAAGGCCAGCCAAGGUGGAAGAAGA